GUGUCUGCCGUUCAGCCCUGCCUGCAGAAUAAGAAGAAGCUAACGGAGCUUAAUUGCAACAACCCAGUAACAACCCCUCAGCAAUUACAACAAAAGACAAAUAACAGCUAAUAAUAUUGUGUCAUGUCUGCAGCUGAAAUGAGCACCGCUGUCCCCAACCAUCGAAGGACCAAGCCUGGAGGCAUAAAGCCAGGGGCUGUGAACAGCGGCGUGACUGGACCUACCUCCCAGAUCCCCGGUCUGUCCCAGAGCGCUGAUGAAAGCACCCCAGUGGAGAGGAUCAGUGGCCGGCGAGUUGGGAUAUUUGAGACCGACUCGGAAUAUGUGAAGCUCGCUAAGCAGGGAGGACACAAAGGGCUGUUGACUCAUGAUGCUGAUGCUGAGGAUAAACCAAAGAAACCCUACAACCCACCCAACUGGUUUGGAGGUGAUGAGGCAAACGGUGGAAGCAAAGCAACGUCUCCCAACAGCCAGAUGAAGGGGGGCAGCCAGCCUCUGGCUGCACCGUUUGGCACUGAUAACAGUUCGUCCUGGGAAAGAGAGACUGAUAGCUUUACCCAUGGUAAAGAUAAGAUGUCACCUGAUGGUGCCGCCGGUCAGUUGGAGGGUCUGUCCUUAACCAACAAAUUCAAGAGAACGUCUUACGAUAAGAAGGCCCCCCCAGUCAGCAUGUCCAAGCUGCUGAGUCACGGUUACGUGGAGGAACAGAUGAAGUCUCCUAAUGACGACGAUGCCUCAAGUGUGACCUCAGAACAGACCAGCACCAUUGCAAUGGAGGAUGUGGACGACCUGGAGUAGUAGAGCACAGGUUCUCCUGUGGAGGGCAAAGGGGGGUCUUCCCAACACCGGUUCAUGGUGUCACAAAUCCACGAAAACGCCACUCCGCCCCCUCACAGAUUCACUCACAUUUAUUGUACAUCCACUUACUCUUAGGUUUUGUACUCAUGUUUAUGCAAAAGGUACUGUCAUCUUUAUUUAUUUGCAUUAAGUUGUAAAAAAAAGAAUUCACGCAUAUUUUGCUGAGUAGAUGUGUCGGUGCUCGCAGCAUUUUUUGUUAAUUCUUGUCGUUUCUCGAUUUGAAAGACGAGUUGUGUGCAGGGGAGGAAACUAACAUUUUGGUUGUUAUUUUACCAACUAGUUUGAUAUUUAGAAAUCAAAAGGAGAGACAGCUGUACCUGCUAAAUCUUAAAUUCAGCUGCAUUUGGCUGGUGGCUGGUUUUAGUUUCCCUCCCUGGUUGUAUGAAGAUCGAGUUAGUGAAUUUUCAAAGUUAUUGUGUAUUAUGAAUUGUGGUUCCAGUGACGUGCAACAUUGUUUGUUUUGAUCAAGGGCUCCUGCUCUCUGAAGGGAUGUUAGAGGUUUGUGUGUUUUCGGCUGCGGGGGCGGAUACGAUCAUUCGUUGAGACAGCAACCCCGCAGCUGUGACCACAUGCCAAAGUGCAUACUGAAGGCCACAGCCGCUGCUGUUUGUUUGGUUGCAAAGGGCCAAAAAAGAUUUUUAGGUUGCUGCUCUACAAAAGGUUCCUCUUCUCUUGUGCUCCCCUUAAAUUCUGUAGCUUUAGAGUCCCUGAAAUAGAGACACAUGAAGUCAUGUUGCAUCAUUUUUAUGAAGGCUUUUAGUCCAUUAAUCUGAAUAAAAGCACAUUCAGAAGAAAAAGGCUCUUUUAAGAAAUAAAAAAAAAACUCGAACAGAAGAAAUUGGUUCCAUAGGAGCACUAGCAAAGGCUGCAAAUUCAAUUUUCUUAUUGCUGCUUAUUAAUAAGGAUGCUCAUCAGUAGAUCAGUAACAGUACAAGUGUUUGAUGCUGGUCCAGAUAUGUCAGAAGUUUGCUAAUUGUAGAUCUAUAAAAGAGAUAUUCUGCAUGUUAAAGUCCUGCAUUCUCCUUCAGCCUAAUAACCCCAAACAAUAGAUAAAACAUUGUGGGAAAUGGUCAGGAAGAGGCCGCCUUCUGCAGACUGACAACCUGAAAGUCAAUUCCAUUGUAAUUCCCUGUGAAGAUUAAGGCAGACGAGUUUUUAAAAAGUGAGUUCUGAACAUGCCAACCAAGCAGUUUUUCCCUGCUCAUGCAGUGUUUCGACAUAGUAGACACCAGUAGGAGACGUUAGUGUUAGUGCACAGCCUUGUCACACCAAAACCUCCAUUUCAUGACAUGUUUAUCUGCCUGAUGGGAGAUUCUUCAGCUCAGAUUAGAGUAAUAGUUACUGCUGCAUCAUUUCUGCACAGAAAAAUUUCACAACCAGUCUGGGAAACAGUGAAAAAAGCCUGGUGGUUGAGUGGUUAAGACGUACCAUAUCACAGCAGCGUUGCCGGUUCGAUUGUCGACAUGGAUUUUUUUUUCAUGUCAUACUCCUCUCCCUUCUCCCUUAAUUCCUGCCUGUCUCUUUAAAAUCAACUGUCAAUUAAAACAAAACUUUUUUCUUUUAACAGUUUGAUAAAUAUAGGCCCUGGUUGUCUCUGUAGCUGAGUUAAAUUAAGACUGUAAAAAACCUUUUAAAACCAGAACUUACAUGAAAAAGCCAAUUGUGAAGUGUUUUUGAGUCUGAUUGCCAGCUGUCACGACACUUUCUAUACCUAUGAACUUAAACUCACUUUCUGCCAGCACUAUCUAAACUAUAGCAAACAUCGUUACUAUUGUCAAUUUUAACCAAAACUUAAAUAAAUGUAUCAUUUUAAUUUCCAGGUUUUGACAGACGUAGCUUUUGAAACACUUUCACAAACUUUUGUAUUAUGUCUGGUUUAGAAACCAUUUUUAUUUUUCAAUGUUUUGUUCUGUGAAGUUCAACCCUUUAAUUUUAUUUAAGUUUGGCCUUACUGCUCACAAGCCAACAGAAAUGUCCCCAUGUCUUCCUCUCCUGCUUGUUUAUGCGGGUUCAGCAUUAGUUAGUUUCUUUGACAUUUGAUUGACAGUUUGGCCUUGAGCCAUUUAACGGGUAUUAUUUUUUUUAGCUGUAACUGUGAACCAGACUGUGACAGUAAAAUCCUAAUCCUACAGGGAUAUUUGUCUGGAUAGGGUGAUGUAUGUGGGUCUAACAGCACAUAUACAACACAUUCAUCUCAAAGUGAUGCAGCAGUAACAGACUCUCAUUUGAAAAGAAGUGACCUAAAAACUCUUACAUGUGUCAUGUUCAACACAACUGGCCGGUCGUCACUUUUCUCAACGCAAUAUAUUUAAGCAGUGAUGCAUAAAUUAUCUGUAUGUGGUAUUAAAAAGUGUCAAGUGUUGCUCCAAAACUUA